CAAAAAAAUUUAGCAGAUGGCUCAUUUGCCGCCCGAAUCACAGUCUAACAAAAUCUUGUCCGCAAUCAUCAUCGACUUCUUUAGCAAACAAAUUCAAGAAGAAAAAUUAUGAACAGUUUCAAUUCUACUUCGAAUUCUGUCUUCUCCUUCUUGUCGCUUCGUGCGGCUGGAGUCUGGAGCAGAAAUGAAGAGGUGCAGAAAUGGCGAACUGUGGGAUUUUGAGCACGAGAUUCUUGGCGGAGAUGAUAUUAUACUUGGAAUCGAUGGCGGUACCACUUCUACCGUUUGCGUUUGUAUUGCUCUCUCUGAUCGUCGAGUUGUUUCUCCUUCAAUGUCUUGUCCUAUGCUCGCUCGUGUUGUUGGUGGCUGCUCAAAUCAUAAUAGUGUUGGCGAAACUGCUGCGAGGGAAACACUGGAGCAAGUUAUGGCGGAGGCACUUUCAAAGUCUGGUUCAAUUCGAUCUUCAGUUCGAGCUGUCUGCCUAGCUAUUUCUGGGGUCAACCAUCCAACGGAUGAACAAAGAAUUUUGGAUUGGCUCAGGGAUAUCUUUCCCUGCCACGUAAACCUAUAUGUUCAAAAUGAUGCUGUGGCGGCUCUUGCAAGUGGCACUAUGGGAAAGCUUCAUGGAUGUGUUUUAAUUGCUGGAACUGGAACAAUUGCUUAUGGAUUCACAGAAGAUGGCCGAGAUGCUCGAGCUGCUGGUGCUGGACCAAUCUUAGGUGAUUGGGGAAGUGGAUAUGGGAUAGCUGCACAGGCAUUAACUGCAAUAAUUAGGGCUAAUGAUGGACGUGGUCCUCAGACAAAACUCACUUAUAGCAUUUUGAAGACACUUGAUCUUUCUUCUCCAGAUGAACUAAUAGGGUGGACAUAUGCGGAUCCAUCCUGGGCUCGAAUUGCUUCUCUUGUUCCAGUUGUUGUAGCAUGUGCUGAGGCAGGUGAUGAGGUUGCUAACAACAUCCUCCUCGAUUCAGUUGAAGAGCUGGCUUUGAGUGUGAAAGCUGUAAUUCAAAGACUCGGCCUAGCUGGUGAAGGCAAUCACCCCCUGUACUUUUCUACAAGUACUCCAGGCUUCUUCUUGUGAAAUGUCUGUAAAAUCUAAAAUGCUCCUAACCUAAAUUUUUUGUCUAAUGAUCGCUUGCAAGUUGCAACUGGCAAGUAAAUAUUUUCUCCACAGUGAGAUUCAAAGUUUGGUGAAGCCCAUUGUGUGAAUUUCUUGAUGAUCAUGCAUUGCUCUAGAUUGUCUUCCGUGCUCUACCAAAAUUGUGAAAUUCAUCCUUCUACUAUCUAGUGUUUUGAGAAGCGAGCUCCCAGAAAAGCCCUACUAGGCGUCUCGAUUAUAAUGAAGCGCCUAGCACUAGUGGUGCAUGCCUUAUUGCCUAAACCACUUUUAAUUUUUAAUUUUUUUGGUUUUGUUAUCUUAUUAUUUUUUUAGGGAAUAUCAUUAUCUUAUUAUUCUACAUAUGUAUUUAUUUUUCAUAUGUAAAUUUUUUAUUACACCUCACCAUAAAAAUAAAUAAAUAAAAAAGAAGAAGAAGAAGAAGAAGAAGAAGAAAAAAAGGCCGUUUGCCUUUCUUUUCCACUCACACUUAAAGCUCCAGAAGACUACGCUUAGGUGUGUCUUAUACAUUUAAAAACACCGUUAGUGCCAAUUAUUUUUGAGCUAGGGCAAACCUUCAGGUAGAUUGUGGAUGGGGUCUUGUUAUUUUGGAUCAUUUGCCGAAUGCUUAACAAAUAUUUACGGGAAUUAGGUAUUUCUCCUCAGUCUUUAUGGGUCGAGAGUCUGUUUCAUAACGUCUUCUGAUUAUAUCUACCCAUAGAUGCAAGUCAUGUAAAGUUUAUUUCUCAUUCAACAUCUUGAAUAUGCUUCAUCAAAAUUCUGUAGUGGCAGGCAUACUAAUCAGCACUCUUUUUCCCCUUAAGAUCUCUUCCUAUUAUUGCUUUCAAUAAUUUAAUCUCUUGAUUUGCGAUCUUCUUCAUCUGUUUGAGUUACAAUCCC